AUGCCUGGCUGUUUUAGAAAGACUUUAUUUGGCUUGGCUUCUCUAGUAAGUUUUGUGUCUUUUAUCUUGAUUGUUAUUGCAAUGGGGAUCCCAAAGUGGAUGACUGGAAAGAUCCUUUGCAAAACAGGAGCUGAUUUGGUCAAUGCCACAGAUCCAGAACUGGUCAAGUUCAUUGGAGAAAUUUACUACGGACUCUUUCGGGGCGGCAAAAUACGCCAGUGUGGGUUGGGCGGGCGGCGUUCCAAAUUCACAAUUUUCCCACACAUGGUGAAAAAGCUGAAUACAGGCCUGCAUGUGAUGAUUGUGAUGUUCCUCUGUGUGGCCAUUUUCUUUUCUCUGGUCAGUUUUGGAUUUUGCAUUCUUAACGCAGUACAAGUUCCUUACCGCGCUAUUAAAGGUCCAGCAGGAGUAUGCCUGUGGAACUUCCUUGCAGGUGGAUUUAUAGUACUUGCAGUCACCAGCUUUAUGGCUGCUGUGAAACUUCAUCACCUCACAGAAAGAAUUGCCAAUUUCCGGGAAAAUGUCUUUCAGUUUGUUAUCUUAGAAGAACGGUUUGAAGACUGUUUUUGGCUUUGUGUGGCAAGUGCAACAGCACAUGCAGUAAAUUUGCUGCUAAUACCCAUUAGUGGGAUUAAUUUCCCUAAAAUUAAGACUAAAACAGAAGAAGCAAAUGUUACAGCAGAAGAUAUCAUGUACUAA